CAACAUUUUCACUCUUCAGUCGAAUUGAGGAAAUGGCGGAGAGCUCUCAAGUCGAACCUGUGGCUGCGUACGCGUCGCCGUACGCUGCGCCCAAGGCUUCCGCGGACGAGGACGGCGACUACGAUGAAGAGGAGGACGUAUAUCUGCUGCACAACCUGGUGGAGCAAGGGCGCGUGGAUCGUUUGCGCUCACUGCUGCCGCUGCCGUCCGAAUGCUCCGAACCUCCUCCGCGUCUGAGCGUCCUCUCAAGCGAGACGAGUCUGCUGGAGAAGGACGACAUGGGCUUUCUACCACUACAUGUGGCUGUGAUCCACCAACAGACGGACUGUGCGCUGCAUCUGCUGCGCUAUUCGCCAGCACUCACAAGCGCCAUGCUGCGACUCAAAGGAGGAGACUUUGGUACACCCUUCCUGCACUUGGUGCUACGGGUUGGAGCCAUCAACGCCUCGUUCAGUGAGCAGCUGAUCAACGAGCUAUUUGCUGGCAAUAAACAGGAGAAAGACAGCGAUUUCUAUGGGGACGACGUGCGUGCUCUGCUGUUCGAAAAGAUAGCGGCGAGAGACGAAGAGGGCAACACAGUCUUCCAUCUGUGUGCUCGCUACGAACUUGUCGCGUGUAUGGACGUGCUUGCUGCGUUCUACAGACGACAUUUAGUUGCUAUGGAGGCUGAAGAGAGCGCAGCAGUCGAUGAGGAGAAGAAGAAGAAGCCGCUGAAGCUCGAGACGCUACUGGAGAAGGGCAAUAAGGUGGGAUUCCGAGCGCUGCAUGAAGCCAUGAAGUAUCAAUCCACCGGUGCAGCAAAGAAGUUGGUGGGUGAAUAUAAAGUGGACGUGAACCCCGUGACGCCUCUGCAUCAGACUCCGGCGCAUAUUGCCGCGCUGUCCAAUUUUGCCGAGGGUGUGGAGAUCCUACGCAAUUCUCCUCGAGAUGUGGCUACAGAUUUCUUUAUGAAAGACACACACGGUCACACAGCAGCUCAAGUGGCUCACAAGUGCAGCUUUGAUGCAGUUGAGAGGCGUUUGGUGGCAGCUGAAACAGGAAAGAGCAGUACAGAGCCAGCUGAUGUCAGGGAAGACGUCGUUCUUAAAGACCACACUAAAUUCUUCUUCCACCAUGAAGUGUGGAGGCAUUUGCCCAUGGCUUAUCAUCAUCGCGGUGGGCCUGACCCGCCACCGGAGAACCCUGAACGCAUCGACACUCUGGUGGACCCAGUGUUUGGUAUUCUACGAUCACGCGAGUUCCAGAGACCAAAUGUGAAGUGGGAUCAUGAAAUUGAACGUGCAGAUAUCGCCGACAUUCUGCGAGUCCAUGAAUACCACUACGUCGAUCGUAUCCGUCAGAAAUGUGCUGCUCUCACUGCGUCAGUGAUUGGCAAGACACCUGUGGUCUCCACACGGCAUCACCAGCUCAAAUCGAUGCCUUGUAGCGAUAGAGACGACGCUGAAGAGUGUCAUGCGACUUAUUCGUUAGAUUUCGACACGGCUUUGUCAGUCCGUUCCUACGAUGCCGCUGCCCGUGCCGCUGGAGCCGUGUGCAAGGCAGUGGAUGACGUGGUAGCUGGUAAGUGCAGGAAUGCGUUCUGUAUCGUACGACCGCCUGGACAUCACGCUGGUCCGGUGGGUAAAGUGGUGUGUGAGAAUGACCCCGAGGGGAGUCUUGGCUUCUGUCUGUUCAACAAUGUGGCCGUCGGUGCAGCAUACGCACGUGCACAUUUCAAGCAUCGCGGGAUCAAUAAAGUCGCCAUCCUGGACUUUGAUGUGCAUCACGGCAACGGAACAGAAGAGAUCGUGCGACAACUGGUGCCGUCGACAAAAGAGAUUGAGUUCGAGACUCCUUAUGGUACCGGCAAGCAAGUUGUACAUCAAUACAAGCCCUGGCGCAGCGAUGAUGACGCAGCGAAUGUAUUCUUCUGUUCAGUGCACGGAUAUGGACACAAGGAUCCAGAGAAUAAAGAGGAGUUGGGCAAAGGUGAGACUCAAGGCUGGUUCUAUCCUGGCUCCGGUGUCUCUGACGUGAAAGAAUCUCCUGUGAUCUGGGACGAAGGACUGCCAUUUUGUCAUGAAGGUGCAUCUGCUUCGCGUCUCAAGUGGCGUAGUGCCUUCCGGGAUCGGAUUCUGCCCAAACUACGUGACUUUAACCCAGACCUCAUCUUCUUGUCGGCGGGUUUUGACGCCCAUAAGAAGGAGCUGGUGAACUGGGGCUAUGUAUCGCUAUUGGAGCAAGACUAUGAGUGGCUUGUGGGUCACGUCAAGCAAGUGGCUAAUACGUGUUGCGAUGGUAGACUCAUCUCGGUGCUUGAAGGAGGCUACAACUUCCACGGUCGCAUGGUCUCGCCCUUCGCACGCAGCGUCGCGGCCCACACACGUGCGCUUAUCAACCCAGCGCAGGAGCUCUGGAACGAGGACGAGAUCGCUAAAGAAGCUGCGCGUGAGCAGGCGUUGCUGGCUAACUAUCUAGCGCCGACUGCAGCAAAAUCGCCCGGCGUGACGAUGCUGCAGGCGAAGAAGCGCGGUAAGACCGAGGCAUCAGGAACGCUGGUGAGCUCACGGAGCAAACGAGCGAGAAAAGAGGUGGACUAUGUGGCACUGGCCAAGGAGCUGACCGAGCAGGGGCAGCAGUAGUGAAUGCAGCCGGUUUUGAAAGUGAGACGAGGCACGAAAGAUACUUUUUUGCUAGUUGUCGUUGUUGAAGUGGUCGCAUACAUGUAUUUCUUGCCAUAAGAUCGCUCCGUUUUGAUUGGCUGUGCACUUCAACUGAGAC